AUGACAUUUGCUUGGAAAGCCGCUGGCAUCAGUUAUCUAAAGUAUUCACAAGUAUGUGCAAGAGCUGUACGUAAUGCUUUAAAAGAUGAACAUAAAGUGCUUGCACAAAGAAGAGAUGAACAAAAUGUUAAAUUUGCAAAAUGGGACCAGGGUAAACAAGGAGAUUUUAAAUUAAUCGAUUCUCAAUCACAACAAUCAGAACUUCUUUAA